AGACCCGCCAACAUGGGCCGCGUGCGCACCAAAACCGUGAAGAAAGCGGCCCGGGUCAUCAUCGAGAAGUACUACACCCGCCUGGGCAAUGACUUCCACACCAACAAGCGCGUGUGCGAGGAGAUCGCCAUCAUCCCCAGCAAGAAGCUGCGCAACAAGAUCGCGGGCUAUGUCACGCACCUGAUGAAGCGGAUCCAGAGGGGCCCGGUGAGAGGCAUCUCCAUCAAGCUGCAGGAGGAGGAGCGGGAGCGGAGAGACAACUACGUGCCCGAGGUCUCAGCGCUGGAUCAGGAGAUCAUUGAAGUGGAUCCUGACACGAAGGAAAUGCUGAAGCUCCUGGACUUCGGCAGCCUGUCCAACCUGCAGGUCACGCAGCCUACAGUGGGGAUGAACUUCAAAACGCCGCGUGGAGCCGUGUGAGCCUUUCCGCUUCGCUGUCGUAUUUUCAAUAAACUUGGGACAACCAAAAAAAAAAAAAAAAAAAA